AUGGCUAGGUUUGUCAGGUUACAGAAUGAGAUUGAACGAAUUAAAGAAGAAUAUUUCACAAGAAACAGGUAACGUUAAUGCAGCUGUUGCAGAAUGCACAUUGAACUUGUAGCCUACACUUUGUAACACGGUGAACUAUUUCUAACAGCCCCUGGCAUAGCUGUUUUAAAUUGAGAAAGAAACUAACGUAGUAGCUACUGUACCGGUAGCUAGCUAGCAAGGCAGUUUUGCUAACAACAACAUCAGCAGAUGCCUUUUAUAGUAUGAUGAACAAACAUCUGACUUGUUUGAACCAUGCAUGCUCGUACAUUUCUGCAUUUGCUGUGUUGGUGUGUGUCUGUAGGAUAGCCGAGGAGAACAGACAGAGAGAGAACGAAGCAGCCAUCCAAAUACAGAGUUGGUUCAGGGGAUGUCAGGUGCGGGCCUACCUCGGGUAAGAGAUGUGUGUGUGUUAAAUUGGUCAUUUGUUGCAAAAGGGUGUUCUUAGUACAUACAUUAACUUUUACAAUGUAACAGUCAUUUUAACACAUAAACUCCUAAUUUCAUCCCUAAAGUAUAAAUAUUUUCAUGUAUGCAAUUUCAAAGAAUUCGUACACCUAAUUUGUAGUGUCCUUUAUCAAAACACCACCUUUUCUUCACCCCAAAUAAAAAUAGACCUACAGCUGCAUUACCCCCCCAAACCUAAAUCAUCACUUUACAGUAUGAAAUUACCCCCUCUUUGGCAUUAGAGAGCUGUGCAAAUGUCUGAGGGAAAUAAAGGCCUAUCCCACUCUCUGCUUUGUACUGUGACCCUAACACCAUUUUGCAGGGUCAGCAGACAAACUUCCAGACUACAGGUUAAUUCAGAUUACUUUAGUUAAUUGAUCAAUGUGUUAAGUGGCUAAUUAGCCACAAUUUGAGCUUCUUAAGUGCAACUCCCGGGUUACCAUAUUCCCCCUAUAAGCAUUGAUUUUCUGGGCAUAUAAAUGGCCUUUUGGAAAUUGAUGGCCUCGUUGAGGCUGGAAUCGCAGUAGACUUGUAUUUAGAGUAUGUUUGAUGAUGAAUACAAAUGUCUGCUUGCUCCGGGAGCCAUGAUCGCUGGACAUAAUUGAAAAGCCUUAAGUAAAGGUUGCUGCUGUGCAUUGUCCUGUGUGCAGGGGGGGGGGGGACUAUUUCUUAGUCACAACUCAACCAAAAAACAUAUUUUUACUUAUUUCUCUCCCUUUCCUUUUUUCUGCAGAUUCCAAAUACUAGUCCAAAUACUAGCCCACAUCCUGUACAUAGCAUAUCCCAUAUUGGUUUAUGCCAAUAAAUGAUUAUCCUCAUGUUUUUUCUGUGUAAAAGCAUAUGUCUCAUGACCAUUUCUCCCAGUCACCUACACAGGAAGGCCACCAUUAUUCAGAAGAUAUGGCGAGGCUUCACAGCAAGGGCACAUUUCAGACAAAUGGUGAAGGUACGUUAGCCGCUGAAAUACUAUGGAUAUAUUGAUUAUGUUAUGAUAGCAUACAUUACAAUUCAAUUGCUAUAUUCAGAAGCCGCAACUCUGACCUGAAGACAUAUCAUUGACCUAUUACACAUUUGGAAAUUAGCACUUAGGAAUACGAAGUGUUAUGGUAUGGAAUUGCAGCUCUAUCGCUUCUGGAAUGCAUAAACGAGAGAGGAAAGGAGCAAAGAGGGAGGGAGGGUGGAAGGGUUUAGGAAAACAAGGCUGUAUUUUUGCAUAUUGCCUCCAACUGCUUCUUAAUUGAACAGAUUGUUGAUACAAAAUCCAAUCCCCACUGCUCUCACAAAUAAUUUUCUCUGGUUUGAGUUUUGUAAACGAAUCACAACAGCUAUUUAUCACCCCCUAAAUUGACUGUUUGGUAAAGCAUAACUGCCAGGCACAUUUGGUAAGCUUUCAAGAGCUGGAAUCUGGGGAUAAAACCUGAUUUAAUGUUAUGUAAAGGACAUGUCACCAGACACACAGUAUCUCUGAAAAAUUAAACAGGACUCAUUUGAAUCUCUCAAAAUUACCAAAACAACAUUUUAUGACUUCAGAGUUCAGACAACAGAUAUUUACUUUGCAGUGUUUAACUUGCAUUAUUAUAUAUGACUAAAAUCCAACACCCUUUUUUCCCAGAGUGUUCCCUCUUUCUUAAUUACAUUUUAGUCAUUUAGCAGACGCUCUUAUCCAGAGCGACUUACAGUUUGUGAGUGCAUACAUUUUUUCAUACUGGCCCCCCGUGGGAAUCGAACCCACAACCCUGGCGUUGCAAGCGCCAUGCUCUACCAACUGAGCUACACAGGACCUUAUGUCAUUAUUAAAAAGAGACAUGUUUGAGAUAUUAAUUCCUUGUAUAGUUCUCUCAAGUUUGCUCCUGUAAAUGUGCCCCCAGUGGUCUGAGCACAGCGAGACGAGGUGUGAGGCGAGCCGUGUGAAUAUUCUGGCCUUUGUUAGUCUAUCCUGGCUGGAGCGUCAUUGAUUAUCAAACCCAGCGGAGAGCGCUGGGCCAUCAUACAUCUCCAUUAGUUCUCAGCUUGACUACCAUAGAUUUUCUUGGCCUUGUCUGCAUUAUGUAUUAAGAGAGGAGCCCCGUCCCCUCAAUACAAAGUCUGACUUAUACCUCUCUCUCUUUCACCUCGACACACACACACACACACUUACACAUACACACAAGCUUGCAUGUGCACGCACACACACUCUCUCCCUCCCUCCAUCCCUCUCCCUCCCUCUCUCUCUCGCUCUCUCUCCGUGGUGUCUAUGGGACUUAUUAUGUAUAAGGUAUAAAGAUCUCUUUAUCUCCGGGCUGCUCAGGACAGAUCAGAGAGCCGGGAUAAGGCGACGGAGAUGUAACGCUGUCUCUGCUUUUGUUCACAGGCCGCAUAUUUUAUCAUGAAGAUGAAUUUCUACCACGAGAUGUCCGUCAGGGUAAAUAUCACACUGUCUGUUUUAGCAAAUGGAGAGUCCCCUGGUCUCCCAAUGUGAUCCCCACAAAUAGUACUGCAGUGCUGUUUAAUUUCACCACCAGUGUCUCUGUCCCUAUGUGGGGGGCACAGUAGAAUACUACAUAUCCUGGAUAAUUCUACCUAUAUACCAUACAGGAAUUAAUUUUUAUGGAAUGUUAUCAGUAUUAUUUUGAAUUGAAUGGUCAAAAUUCUUAUUACAUUUAGUCUAGUUUUGGUCAUUUGUAUGGCAUCGCGCUCAUUUCAAUAUCUGCGGUGCUGCUCGUGGCAAUGUCAUUUCGCUGAGUACCUUUAAGCUGAGAUAAAUGUUUGCAGUUUUAAAGCAAACUUCCUGCAAUUCUACACAUUUUGCCAUGCAGCUGAGAGAAAAUGUUGCGGUUUUAAAACAAACUUCCAGCAAUUCUUUGUUAUUUUGCUCAAACAUAAUAACAAAAUAUAUACCGCUAAAUUCUUUGUUUUUGGAAUUUUCAAUUGUCCCUGACUGUCUAGCUUUUAUUUUGGUGAUUGUUUGUUAUCAAAGAUUAUAUUAUUAAAAAACAUAUACAGUGGGGAAAAAAAGUAUUUAGUCAGCCACCAAUUGUGCAAGUUCUCCCACUUAAAAAGAUGAGAGAGGCCUGUAAUUUUCAUCAUAGGUACACGUCAACUAUGACAGACAAAUUGAGAGAGAAAAAAUCCAGAAAAUCACAUUGUAGGAUUUUUUAUGAAUUUAUUUGCAAAUUAUGGUGGAAAAUAAGUAUUUGGUCACCUACAAACAAGCAAGAUUUCUGGCUCUCACAGACCUGUAACUUCUUCUUUAAGUGGCUCCUCUGUCCUCCACUCGUUACCUGUAUUAAUGGCACCUGUUUGAACUUGUUAUCAGUAUAAAAGACACCUGUCCACAACCUCAAACAGUCACACUCUAAACUCCACUAUGGCCAAGACCAAAGAGCUGUCAAAGGACACCAGAAACAAAAUUGUAGACCUGCACCAGGCUGGGAAGACUGAAUCUGCAAUAGGUAAGCAGCUUGGUUUGAAGAAAUCAACUGUGGGAGCAAUUAUUAGGAAAUGGAAGACAUACAAGACCACUGAUAAUCUCCCUCGAUCUGCAAGAUCUCACCCAGUGGGGUCAAAAUGAUCACAAGAACGGUGAGCAAAAAUCCCAGAACCACACGGGGGGACCUAGUGAAUGACCUGCAGAGAGCUGGGACCAAAGUAACAAAGCCUACCAUCAGUAACACACUACGCCGCCAGGGACUCAAAUCCUGCAGUGCUAGACGUGUCCCCCUGCUUAAGCCAGUACAUGUCCAGGCCCAUCUGAAGUUUGCUAGAGUGCAUUUGGAUGAUCCAGAAGAGGAUUGGGAGAAUGUCAUAUGGUCAGAUGAAACCAAAAUAUAACUUUUUGGUAAAAACUCAACUCGUCGUGUUUGGAGGACAAAGAAUGCUGAGUUGCAUCCAAAGAACACCAUACCUACUGUGAAGCAUGGGGGUGGAAACAUCAUGCUUUGGGGCUGUUUUUCUGCAAAGGGACCAGGACGACUGAUCCGUGUAAAGGAAAGAAUGAAUGGGGCCAUGUAUCGUGAGAUUUUGAGUGAAAACCUCCUUCCAUCAGCAAGGGCAUUGAAGAUGAAACGUGGCUGGGUCUUUCAGCAUGACAAUGAUCCCAAACACACCGCCCGGGCAACGAAGGAGUGGCUUCGUAAGAAGCAUUUCAAGGUCCUGGAGUGGCCUAGCCAGUCUCCAGAUCUCAACCCCAUAGAAAAACUUUGGAGGGAGUUGAAAGUCUGUGUUGCCCAGCGACAGCCCCAAAACAUCACUGCUCUAGAGGAGAUCUGCAUGGCGGAAUGGGCCACAAUACCAGCAACAGUGUGUGAAAACCUUGUGAAGACUUACAGAAAACGUUUGACCUGUGUCAUUGCCAACAAAGGGUAUAUAACAAAGUAUUGAGAAACUUCUGUUAUUGACCAAAUACUUAUUUUCCACCAUAAUUUGCAAAUAAAUUCAUAAAAAAUCCUACAAUGUGAUUUUCAGGAUUUUUUUUUCUAAUUUUGUCUGUCAUAGUUGACGUGUACCUAUGAUGAAAAUUACAGGCCUCUCUCAUCUUUUUAAGUGGGAGAACUUGCACAAUUGGUGGCUGACUAAAUAAUUUUUUCCCCCACUGUAGGGCCAUGAUCUUUUCUACAUACUUUAUAUCUGGUUUUAGUUGUUUCAGUUAACAUUGAAAGCGUUUUUCAGUCCCGAAAAUGUAUUAACACUGUUAACACGGACUUGGGCGACCCGAAAAAACACUUAGGCCCAAGGAUUUCAAUGGCAGAAAAAUCCCUGAAAUUAUAUUAUACCCUUUUACACAGGCAUUUAUGUUGAAACUAAAUGGAAUAAUUGUACUCAGUUAUGCUAAACCAGUCAGGAGAGAAGUUAGCAUGUUUAGCCUUAUUAUUAGCAUUUUAAGCUAAGCUGUGACAAAUAUCUGAUUUAAAAACUUUUCUGCUGGCUUUUCCGCUAGAGCAGAUCUCACUGUCACGGCCCAUAUCGUCAUAAGUCCCAUUUGACCAGUUUAACAACUCCUACCACACUACCUAUAAAUCAAAAGCCUUUGCAUUUGAGUGAUGCUUUGGCACUUUUAUGCGAGGAUAUUGCAUCGAAACCUUAUAUUUUACAAUUCCAUAUAGCCACUCUUUUCCACCCCAAGUUAAAUUGUUAAAGAUUUUUUAUAAGCACACAAAAUUCCAGCCUUUAUUGAAGAAGGGCAUAUUACCAGUGAGUUGUUUGGACAUUUGCUGAAACCCCUGAAAUUGAGGAAAAGUUUUAUGACAGACAGUAAUCCAAACAAAUAAAAAAGUCCAGGCCCAGUGUUUUAGUUAGGCUCAUGUUACGUGCAGCCGUCUGAGUCUGACCAAGUGCCUGAGGUCACGGGGCCAAAGGUUAAAGGUCAUGUCAGCGCUUAGAGGAGAACAGAAGCUUCACAGCAGGAUAGACCUGCUUUAUUACUCCUGUAAAACACUGUCAUAUGUUCAGGAAUCUGAAUGGAUGUCAAAAUCUGAUAACAUUUUAAAUUUAAAAAAGGAAGGAAGGGGAUAUUAUUGUAAAAAUUGUAAUUAUAAAAUGCUGGGGGGUCAUGAAAGGCCCAAGCAUUUCAUUCAAAUUAUACAAAAUGUUAUCCUCAAAUGAAACAAAUAUGGCCUUGUGCUAAUGUUUGGGUUUUGUUUAUAUUCAUUUCUUUCAAAAAAAUGUUUUACGUAACUACAUGAUUGUAUUUGUAAGUGGGAGCAUUUAUGAGAGCUGUCCGAGUGCUUUCUACAAAACCAUUCAAUUAACUCCAUGAUAGUGAAUCUAGAGUGUUUAAACUGUACAUGUGCUGUACACUGCUGGCCAUAUCAGCGACUCUCAUAGUUGAGAUUUAUAUUUCUCUACCUUCUUAUAUCACUGUGAAGUUGGGUUUAAACCUGGUCAAAUCAAUACAGUGAAUCACCAGCCACCAACUGUUGAGAGUUAUAUAGAAGAAACAAGGGACAGUUACAUCAACAUGUAGUAAAAUCAUGUUUAUUGAGAUGCUGUUUUAGAAUAAUCUAAAUUGAAAAUGUAGUGACAUUUUUAUGGGUAGUGUGUCCAACCUACUGGUUUAGGUGUGCUAUAGUGUAGGCGCUAUUUUUAAAAAGGCCCAGUAAAAAAGCUGCAUACACAGGUGUAAUAAACUCUGGACCAACGCAGAGUAUGUUGUGUGUGAUAAACUCAGUCUCUCACUGUGUGUGUGUGUGCGUGUGUGUGUGUGUGUGUGCAUGCGUGAGUGUGUGAAGGACAUCUCCACCCACCGCCUCUCAUUGACCCCAAAAAAUAAAAAAAUAAACAAUCAUCUCUGAAUCCCCUCGUGGCACUUCCUUUUCAAUCCAUUUUUAUUCUGUUCUUUUUUGGUUCCCUUCCUCGCAUGUCUUUAUCAUAGUCUCUCUAACAAAGGCUAAUGUAUUAGCACGUUAAUAGAAAACAGUGUUUACAAGAGGCCCGGGAGUUUUAUUAGAUUUAACCGGCCAAUAUGCAUCAUUGAUUUCACUAGUCAAAAAAGGUCAACAAGAACUUUGAGUUGCGAGCCAGCAAUUACUUUAUUUAAAAUUAUCUAUUGACUGCAGAUCAAUCGCAAUUCUCAUUUUGGUCUCUUUCUUUUUUUUUCUGCCGCCCCUCUUCUGAUAAUUAUUUUACCUGCUAUUGUUUCAUCUUCUAAUUAGAGUGAAGGACAUCCGCUCCCCUCUGUUUAGAGACCUGGCCCAGCUUGGGGCGCACUCGUGUGUGUUUGUGUAUGUGCGUGUGUGUGUGUGUGCCUGCGUCCGUGCAUGCAUACGUGUGUGUGUGUGUGUCAAGUCAAACUGACAUAAAUGCAAGGGACCUCUAAAGCAAGUGUUGCCAGUCCAGUUUGCAUAAAGUUAUUAUACCAAAAAAUAGCUUUUCUGAAGAACAACCGUCGUAGUGAUGUUUACACUAAAAUGUUCCUUUUGGUCCCAUCUCAUCUAACUGGUGGAUUAUUAUGUUAACUAUAGAUCUGUGUUGGUGUGUUUUUCUCCUACAGAUACAGCAGAGAUGGAGAGGUUACUAUGUGAGGAAAUACAGCCAUAACUACUACGCACGCAAGAGAUACAUGGAGGCACUUGCCCGCAAAAACAAACAGAUCAGGUACAUCAAGAGGACUGAUAGAAGCCAUCUAUAUAUAGUAGGUAACAUACCAAAUAUAUUAACUGGGAUAAAUAGUCAAUAUCUAGCUAUGUACUGUACACAUUUCACUGGUGAAUUCUCUAUCCCUUUUUGAAUCAAUUCAGUACAUACCCAAUUAUGUAUUCAUUAUUCCAAUUUGUAUUUUUAUUUGGAGGAUAAGUUGUAGGGUAUUGGAUGGAAGUGUGCUUUUCUUUACAGAGUACUACAUCACUCUUCCUCUUGGCCAGUUUUGCUGUGUAGAAAGAAAGUCAGAGAAGGUCUGGGUGUUAUGCUAAUGUAAAUCGUGGCACCAAGAGACUCCUAUUAGUUAACAUGGGGCAGACUUUAUGCUUAACAGGAAUUCACUCUGGGCAGAGAUGAAUUGAUCUGAUUAAUCUAGAGGCAGAGAGUAUGAUCGCUAUACAUGUGUACCGGUAACCUGAAGGAAAAAAAAGUAUUCAUAAGUGCCUUGGGUGGCCAGCGAACGAUGUAACAAAAAAAAUAAUGUGCCUGUGAUUUCAGGGAGCGCUCUGGCAUUAAUAAAACAUGCUAGGCUCCUGGGGCCGAAAAUGAUGCCAUCGUUUAUUUCUGACAAUAAAAAAAAAUGAAAAAGUUUAAGUUUAAGUCACAUUUUUUAUGUCGCUAAUAUAUUUUCGUGGGGGGUAAAAAUAUCUUAAGGCUUCAGCUAAAAUUAAAUGUAAAUUUGUUAAGUGCUCGUCGGAUCACUGACUCCCCCCUCCCCCCCUCCCUCCAGAGGUAGGCAGGCCUGGUGAGAAGUAAUGAGGUUUGUCACCUCUGAGUUGUGUCUCCACAGACCCCUGCACAGCUACAGCAGACAUACAGGACUAGGCUAUACUGGAUGUGUGCAGCGGGAUAGCCAGGGACAUGAUGGGUAUCAUAGAACCUGGUUACAUUUGCAUUUUCAUAACGUCUCUGUAUGAUUCUGUCACGAGAACCCACACAACACCUCAAAUCAAAUCAAAUGAUGUGGUUCUGUGGUGUUGAGAGGGUAACACAAACACUAGGUAGAUGACAGUUGUGACAUUUAACCUGGAAGCCUGCUUCCCAGUUUAAGGAAUAGGGCACACAAAAUGGCCAAAUAUGCAGUGAUUUCAAUUCGGCCUGUUCCUCUAUAUUCAGCCUCGGUAUUUACCAGUAUUUAUCUGGACUCAUAGGCCAAAUAAUAUCUGAUUCAUAGACCAAAUAUGUUGUUGGGAGGCAGACUGUGUGUUGUGAUAAACUGGCUGUGGGUGAGAGUGGAUGAGAGGGUUGUGGGUGAUGUGGGAGAUAUUGGUGAGAGUCAGGAGGAUGUUGUCAUCUCAAUGUUUUCCUGUCUAUCAUUCCCAGAGACACACGCACACAGCCAUUGAGCCUCCAUGGAGCGCUGCUCCGCUCCAUGGAGAGGUCGUCCUCUCGCCAGUUAAUCACUUGUUUAUUUAGUGCUUCUGGGGUCGCGAUCAAUUAACGCAGCGCCGCGUUUAUUUAAAAUAUCCUUUCUGUGUUCACCAGGGCCCCUCGGAUCGCACACUGCCCGAUCACUCACCCCGCAAAGGUCCACUUUUUAAUCCGCCGCUCCCUCCCACCAUCCCUCCCUCUCACCAUCCCUCCACCCCUCUGUCUGUCCGCUGCAUAAAUUAUUCAAAGUUUUCCUAAUGGCUCCCAUUUAGUGCAGGCCGACUGGCCUGGCAUGCCAAUGACGGGAGACGGCCCGACGGGAGGACCAUCUCUCUUUCUUACUCUCUCUUUCUGCUCCGCACUGACGGAUCUCCCCAUACAAAACCAUCUGUGUCAUUUCAUUAACCGCACCGCCCGACGCUCUCUCUCUCUCUCUCUCCCUCCUUCCCUCUCUCCCCCUGGCCGGGGUUCACCAUGUUAGCGUGUCCAUCUUCAUGGAGCUGUCCCCUCCUGCAUAGCCUAAUGAAGUCAGGACCUCUCGGCACCACUGUAAUUCAAGCGACUAGAGUUUGUGCAACACAACAAUUUAUCACUUGUCAGGAAGACACUUAAAGUUGCGCUGCUUAAUAAGGGCAUCCUGCGAGCCUGGGCAAUUAGGAGGGAGCCGUUUGCAUAUUUACUAAAUGCGGAGUGUCAUUGCCACCACGGCCUGUUGCCUGCAUGAAUUAUUAUUCUAUCUGCAAUAAACAGCUGGGUAAUUAUUACUGCCAUAAUCAGAUAAAUUCUCUCUGUAAUGUUCUAACGUGGCAAAAUCUUUUAACUCAUUGCGGGCUGAGGGACAUUUAUGGACUCAGAGUGGUGAGGCUGAGGGGUUUUUACUCUCUGUGUGGCGUCCCGGCUCUCGGCUCAAGGACAUCCAUGAAAGGAGAUCUGGGAGGACCUGUCCUCCAGUUAGCUCAUACACGCUUCCUGACGCUACACCAGGGGUGUAGAGGAGUUCACGUACACGCUGGCUUUGAUUGGAGGGUUUUGUCUCCGUGUGAAAAGUCUGUUGUUUUCCAGUUCAGUCACUGACUCUUUAGGAAGUACCUCGUUACGGGAAGGAAAGUGAUGAAAAAAUAUUGCUUUUGGUUGUCAUCACUUUUGUGUUUUUUCAGUUUUUGGGGGGGUUUGGUAUUUUUGUUGAAGUUGACACCUCACCCUGGAAAUCCUCUGUUUCUUUUUGUGAGGUGCCUUGUUACAGGAGGGAGUGCAGUUGAAUAAACAAACCUGGUUAAGUUCUGUUUUGCAAUUUUUUUCUGGUUUUGUGGUUCUAUAUAGUUGUAGGAAACUUGUCCUGUUGAUGGUGAUGAUGUUGUGUGUCCUCUGCCGUGGCAGGGUUACAGGUUGGUCAGGGUUGAGGCCUGCUCUAUCAGAGGUCAUAGGUCAGAGGUCAAUAUAUUGAGUCUGAGUCAGACACUGGAACUUAAUGGACUGCUGAAUAUUCCCUCCCUGCCAGCUAUUGAAUUAUUGAAUUGGAACAUUAAAACAGCCAAUCGGCUUGUACGGUCAUUAAAUAUUUAGGAGAGCCAAUUAGCUGCUCCGGUGUUGGCCUGGAGGACUGGUGGGCCGGCCUGCUACCCCACAAUGCACCAGGCUGUGAUUUCCCCAUCACCCCACUCUACCUGUACCCAGCUCUAUGCCCCAAGAUAUUAAAUAUAGAUAAAGCAGCUGUAUGCAUGUCUUUAUGCUGUAAUACCUUGUCAUCAUCGCUAUGGUUUCAACAGGGACUACAGAACAGCUGCUGGGAUCUGAUAGUUCACAUGUACAACAUGAAAAGGCGAUUUGUGUUCCGAUACAGCUCUCAACACUGUUGAUUUAGAAAUGUUUUAAUUGAAAUAGUAUUUCCUUGAGAUCCUAUUGGAUCCUUUAAACAGGUUAAAUGUUGUUUACAGUAUUUUGUAAAUAAGUUGUAUGUAUAUUCAUAUUUUAUAUUUAAUAACCUGUUUUUUGUUUAUAUGUUUUGUAAUUUAUAUACAUGUAAGUAUGAAUAGGCCUAUAUGAUUUUACAAUGAAAAUACUCCCUGUUUCAUUAACAGUUAACAAACAGACAUUCUAAAACAAAGAUUAACAAUGUCUAACAGACAAAUACAAAUUCUCAUAAAAGACAGAUUUGUAAGUGUACAUUUCUGCAAGAAUAUAUCACAAAUAUCAAGAACAUCUAGUACAAAUACAGUAUUGAACACUCUGACCACCAUAAUAUUUCUCUCAUAACUGAUUUUCUUUCCUUAAUUGCUAACUAUAAUUACUGUGCUUCUACAGUUUAAUUUGAGCACUAGACAACCUUCCUAAAAGAGAUCUUAACCCCUAGAAAAGUGUUCUGCCUAACUUCGGUCCAGCUUUGACUGAACUUCUCUCCUGUGUGAGUUGAGUGUUGAGGACACGGAAAGGUCACGCGUGUUGGGGCGCUCCCAUGCUCCUCCCAACCCCCUCACCCCCCAUGCCCAUCAGAAGUAAUGAGGGUUGUAUGUUCUCCUGCUCAGCCGUGACACAGAUCGAGGUCCCUUCAGCCGUUACAAAUCUGUUUGGCUUUUGUCCACUACACCGCAAUUAAUAAUAAACCUGGGAUAUAGGGAGGCAAAGGUCGCCAACACAGCCACCAGCAUACAGCGAUGCACACAUGUGCAUACACACACACACACCGGUGGCCGGAAACGGCGGAAAAAGAGAGGAGAGAGAAACUGAAACAGACUGUCCCACAACUUAAUAUUUUCACAUUAAUAAGCAAUUUCCCCUUCACCAGGUGGCCAAAUGGGGGCCACGCUACUCUGCAUAUUUCAUUUAUUUUGUAAUUUAAUCUUGUGUGGAGGGAGGAAUGAAAAUGCUGCGAUGCAAAGGGAAAGGGUGGUGAUUUUUAAAUGUCAAUACGGCGGUGUGUGUAACCUUACAUUAGGACGGGUAUGAAUAUUCUCCUUUGUGAGCACAUAAUUGAAAACUGAGAGCAGCUUGGGAACGAAAGCCUGAUGAGCAAUGGUUACCUUUUUAUUGCUUUUGCUUUCUGAUGAAUUGGAUUGGCUUUUCUUUUAGUCUAAUGUCUUUGUGUGUGUGCGUUUGUGUGUGUGUGUGGGCGCGCAUUUUCGUGUCUGUUUUGUGUGUGUGCCUGUUUGACUGUGCCCUUGUGUUUGCGUGCGCGUUCAUUUGAGUGUGUGCGCCUGUGUGUGUAUGUUUUAGUAAUUGUUUCCGAUUCCCCUUAAGUUAUUACCCCACACAGUAACAAUGUGUGAUUGUAAAAUGAGAUUGCGUAUGGGCUUUUAAUGUGUCCCAUUUAGACAGCUCGGAUAGCAGAUGUCAUGGAGAGCCUUGGCUAUACUGAUGGAAUAUAUUCAUCAUCCCACGGCCUGGCACACUGACGGCUUCACACUCCCUCUCUCUCUCUCUCUCUCUCUCUCUCUCUCUCUCUCUCUCGCUCUCUCACUCUCUCUCUCUCUCUCUCUCUCUCUCUCUCCCCUCGCUCUCUCCUUCCUAUCUCUCCUCUCUCGUCUCUUCUCCUCAUCUCUCUCUCUCUCUCUCUCUCUCUCUCUCUCUCUCCAUCUCGCUCUCCUCUCCCUCUCUCUCUCAGCCCUGAUUGGAGUCAUUAAGCCUCUGUUUCCUGCUAGAGGAGAGCUCAGGGAUUCACUUGUAGCAAGAAACUACCUGAUCCCUGAUCACUGUGUACUCAGUCUUUCUCCCUCACACACACCCGCACACACGCACACACACAAAACACACUCAAGCGGGUAAAUGGUCACUAAACAAACUGCAAACAAUGUUUUCCCUCUGUGUGUGUUGUGUUGUGUAGGAGGGAUCUAGAGGAGUUUUCAGAGUUCCAGAAGAGAGAGAGAGAGUGUCUGGCCAUGGAGAGAGAGGAGCAGGAGAAGACUGUCCAGGCCCAGAGGAUGCACUUCCUACUCAGCACAAAGCAGGUACACACACAUACACACAGACUGGAUUCAGAGAGCCAUGCGUACAGCCACUGACAAGCCUUCAUGUUCCUUUUAGCUGGGGUGGCGUUGGCAGUAAUUGAAAAGGGGAUGUGUGAUUUAGGGGGUAUGUCCGGUAGCGCCCGUGUGUGUGUAUGUGUGUGUAAAACACAGGGCUGUAGGUGGCUGUAGGUAUCUGCUGAGUGGGAGGUUUACACGGGUGCUCUCUCUCCUGGCACCCCUGUGUGCUCAUAAUAAAGAUGAAGUAGUGUGUUGCUGGUCAGUGUGUGUGAGUGGGUGGGUGUGUCUCCACCAAGCAGUCGUUUCCUUGGUGCCUGUAUAGUCUGUUCGUCAUCAUCAUCUUUCCUGCAGAUUCUGAUGUCUGUGUCCGUCCGCCUGUACACCUUUCUGUCCUGCUUCCAUAAACACCCCCACUCCGGUAAAGGAAUGUUCACAUGAGCGUCAUGACAAACGUUGCCCGGGAAUCAUUGGGUUUGAAAAGGACCGGAACUUGUGAAAUUUGACCGAAGCUGUUAAAGAGGGGGCAGAAAAGAGGGUGAUUGUGAGAGAGCGUGAAAGAGAGAGUGAACUCCAUGGCGCUGGGCUGUGCUUAUGUCGGGAAAGAGGAGGAGAAGGAAAGAGAGUGGAAGAGAGGUAAAAAAAAACAGUGGAAGGGUAUAAAAAUGAAGAGAGUUAGCCAAAUGUCUCUCUGCGGCACUGCGCUGUGGAUAUGGUGGGAGAGAGAGUAGAAGGAAAUAGCUAUAAGAAAAAGAGAGUGAAAAAAGAGAGUUAGUUAAGUGUCUCUGGGUGGCAGUGGGCUGUGCAUAUGGCGCGGGACUCCUUCCCUCUCCACCGUCUGACCUUGUCACCAGGAAAUGGAUGGGUCUCCCACAGUUCAUCCUUAACGCCAGCUACUCCGCUGGACACAAGUGGCCGCUCUGACAUAGAUUUACUUCCCCUGUUCAGGGGGUCAACAUCAUUGCUCUUCCCCAGCGCAGCGCAGUGGCCAGUCGGGGUGGGUUCACAGUGUGUUACCCCCCGCUACGAUGCUACACCACCCUACAAGUCCCUCUACCCACAGUGGCCAGGAACUAGCAGCAACAUGCACGCAGGCACACACACACACACACACACACUCCACCCCGCCCCGUCCCUCUUCAGUGGCCAGGCAACAGUAGUACCACCAAGUCAGUCCCACUAAAAAAGGUCUGGCCUAAAAAAGGGAGUUAUUAGCAUAUAUAGUAGCUAGCUAGCAGAGCUCCUCAAAGCUUUGGUCUCCUAAUUAAAGCAGAGCAGUGGAUCAGUCUGAUGUGAAUAAUUAUUAUUUCUCUGCCUGUCUGUCUGUCUGUGACCAAUCUCUCUAUUUGAAGGGAUGUGAGUCUGAGGCUAGGGCUUGGACAAUACGUUCUUAGUCUGUGUGAACUUACAUUGGCCCUGUGUUGGAGUUAUAGCAGGAGUGGCCAACUCUAAUCCUGGAGGGACACUGUGUGUGCAGGCUUUUGUUCCUGCUCAGCACUAACACACUAGCAAACAGUCAUUUGUUACGAAACAUCUAAUCACUUGAUCAUUCUCUCUUUUCCUCACAUGUCCAGUGUUGGUGCAUGGCAAAGUGUUAAAAAUGUUGUUGUUUUUUAAGUUCCUGUUUAUUCUCACAUAGUUGUAGAUAAUUUGUUGGUUAUAAGAUACUGUAUGUUCCCUGUCUUUCCCUUCACUCUAUCCUGUGUUCUUCCUCUGCAGUGCCCUGGAGUAUUCAACUCUCCAUUCAGACCUGAGCCAGAUGAGAUGGAGCUGAGGCUCCGGAGGACCAAGCCCCUGCCACCCAGAACCUUUCCCAGGGACAGAGCCUCUCUCCUGGGUAAUACCAGCCCCUCAGCCCCCUCCCUUUCAGGAGUCCCUAGAGCCUUUGGAGCUAAGCCCCUGCCUCCCAUUCCCAGCAAGAAACCACAGGUGAGACAUACUCAGCAAUGAAAGGAAAGAGAAAUAUCAUUGCAUUAUAUUCCCAGUCUAGCAGUGUUAUUAGUAACAGUAUAGCAGUCAAGUACCAGUAUAGUGGUCUUAUUAGCAGCAUUAUAGUAACAGUAUAGCAGUAACCAGCAAAACUGUCGUAUUAGGCUAGGACCAAUAUAGUAGUUGUAUUAGUAACAGUAUUAGUACCAGUAUAGCAGUCUUAUUUGUAACUUAGUACCAGACUAGUAUGCUGCAGGGUUCUGGUCAAUUAUAUUUCAAUUCCAGUUCCAAUUUUCAUUAAUGCCUUUCAAUGAGGAACAUUCCGAAUUGGAAUUAAAAUUGGGUUUACUUUCUGAAUUGACUAGAAUUGAAAUGGAAUUGAACCAAACCCUGGUUUGCAGUCUUAUUAGUAACUUAGUAACAGCAUUAGUACCAAUAUAGCAGUCUUACUAGUAACAGUAUUAGUACCAUUAUAGCAGUAUUAUUUGUAAUUUAGUAUCAGGAUAGCAAUCUUAUUAGUAACUUAGUACCGGUAGAGCAGUCUUAUUAGUAACAUUAUUAGUUCCAGUAGAGCAGUCUUAUUAGUAACUUUGUACCAGUAUAGCAGUCUUACUAGUUACAUUAUUAGUACCAUUAUAGCAGUCUUAUUAGUACCAGUAUAUCAGUCUUAUUAGUAACAGUAUUAGUACCAUUAUAGCAGUCUUAUUAGUAACUUAGUACCAGUAUAGCAGUCUUAUUAGUAACUUAGUACCAGUAUAGCAGUCUUAUUAGUAACUUAGUAUUAGUAGAGCAGUCGUAUUGGUAACAGUAUUAGUACCAGUAUAGCAGUCUUACUAGUUACAGUAUUAGUACCAUUAUAGCAGUCUUAUUAGUACAAGUAUAUCAGUCUUAUUAGUAACAGUAUUAGUACCAGUAUAGCAGUCUUACUAGUUACAGUAUUAGUACCAUUAUAGCAGUCUUAUUAGUACAAGUAUAUCAGUCUUAUUAGUAACAGUAUUAGUACCAGUAUAGCAAUCGUAUUAGUAACUUAGUACCAGUAUAGCAGUCUUAUUAGUAACUUAGUACCAGUAUAGCAGUCUUAUUAGUAACUUAGUACCAGUAUAGCAGUCUUAUUAGAAACGUGGUACCAGUAUAGCAGUCCUUAUUAGUAACUUAGUACCAGUAUAGCAGUCCUUAUUAGAAACGUGGUACCAGUAUAGCAGUCUAUUAGUUAAUGGACCAGUAUAGCCGUUCUUAUUAGUAACCAUAUAGCAGUCUUAUUAGUAACUUAGUACCAGUAUAGCAGUCUUAUUAGUAACUUAGUACCAGUAUAGCAAUCGUAUUAUUAACUUAGUACCAAUAUAGCAGUCUUACUAGUUAUAGUAUUAGUACCAUUAUAACAGUCUUAUUAGUAACAGUAUUAAUACCAUAAUAGCAGUCUUAUUAGUAACAGUAUUAGUACCAGUAUAGCAAUCUUAUUAGUAACUUGUUAUCAGUAUAGCAGUCUUACUAGUAACAUUAUUAGUACCGUUAUAGCAGUCUUAUUAGUAACAGUAUUAAUACCAUAAUAGCAGUCUUAUUAGUAACAGUAUUAGUACCAGUAUAGCAAUCUUAUUAGUAACUUGUUAUCAGUAUAGCAGUCUUACUAGUAACAUUAUUAGUACCAUUAUAACAGUCUUAUUAGUAACAGUAUUAAUACCAUAAUAGCAGUCUUAUUAGUAACAGUAUUAGUACCAGUAUAGCAAUCUUAUUAGUAACUUGUUAUCAGUGUAGCAGUCUUACUAGUAACAUUAUUAGUACCGUUAUAGCAGUCUUAUUAGUAACAGUAUUAGUACCAGUAUAGCAGUCUUAUUAUUAACUGUAUUAGUACCAUUAUAGCAAUAUUAUUUGUAAUUUAGUAUCAGGAUUGCAGUCUUAUUAGUAACUUAGUAUCAGUAGAGCAGUCUUAUUAGUAACUUAGUAUCAGUAGAGCAGUCUUAUUAGUAACUUAGUAUCAGUAUAGCAGUCUUACUAGUAACAGUAAUAGUACAGUUAUAGCAGUCAUAUUAGUAACAGUAUUAGUACCAGCAUAGCAAUUUUAUUAGUAACUUAGUACCAGUAUAGCAGUCUUAUUAGUAACUUAGUACCAGUAUAGCAGUCUUAUUAGUAACUUAGUACCAGUAUAGCAGUCUUAUUAGAAACUUGGUACCAGUAUAGCAGUCUUAUUAGUAACUUAGCACCAGUAUAGCAGUCUUAUUAGAAACGUGGUACCAGUAUAGCAGUCUUAUUAGUAACUUAGUACCAGUAUAGCAGUCUUAUUAGUAACUUAGUACCAGUAUAGCAGUCUUAUUAGUAACUUAGUACCAGUAUAGCAAUCGUAUUAUUAACUUAGUACCAAUAUAGCAGUCUUACUAGUUAUAGUAUUAGUACCAUUAUAACAGUCUUAUUAGUAACAGUAUUAAUACCAUAAUAGCAGUCUUAUUAGUAACAGUAUUAGUACCAGUAUAGCAAUCUUAUUAGUAACAUUAUUGUUAUCAGUAUAGCAGUCUUACUAGUAACAUUAUUAGUACCGUUAUAGCAGUCUUAUUAGUAACAGUAUUAGUACCAGUAUAGCAGUCUUAUUAUUAACUGUAUUAGUACCAUUAUAGCAAUAUUAUUUGUAAUUUAGUAUCAGGAUUGCAGUCUUAUUAGUAACUUAGUAUCAGUAGAGCAGUCUUAUUAGUAACUUAGUAUCAGUAGAGCAGUCUUAUUAGUAACUUAGUAUCAGUAUAGCAGUCUUACUAGUAACAGUAAUAGUACCGUUAUAGCAGUCAUAUUAGUAACAGUAUUAGUACCAGCAUAGCAAUUUUAUUAGUAACUUAGUACCAGUAUAGCAGUCUUAUUAGUAACUUAGUACCAGUAUAGCAGUCUUAUUAGUAACUUAGUACCAGUAUAGCAGUCUUAUUAGAAACGUGGUACCAGUAUAGCAGUCUUUCUAGUUUAGUUUUUUGUUUAGUUUGUUUGCACAAACAGAAAGACAGUUUGUAACAGUAAAAAAACAACAACAGUAUGUGCAAGAGGGGAAAAAAGCCAAAAAGGGCUUAAGUCACACAGAUUCCGCAUUGUGGACAAACAAACAAACAAUAAAAUAAAAACUAGACACAAAAGAGAUAAAGGAAUAGAAAAUCUAAACAGAAAGUCAAGUUACUGGGGGUGUAGAACUGUGAUGGACAGUAGGUUCCUCUUAAUAAAUGUUUAAGCAACGACAGGGAUAACUUGGCAAAAUCAGGCGGGAAUGAGUUUCAGAUCAUAGGGUCUCUAUAGGUAAUUCCAAAUUGAGAAUAGCUUGUUCCUGAAUAUGGGUGACGUAGCUGUUGUCUGUUUCUUGUUGAGUAGUUAUGGAAUUCAUAUGUGGCUAUAAAAUCGUUUUUGAAGAGAUUAAUAAGUGAUUUAAAGUGGCGUAAACAAAUUGAGCAACUUGAAAAUAAUGAAUUUGAUAAAUAUUCAGGAGUCCACAUUUUUUGAUAAAUGGUGCUGAAUGUGCUCUAAUACCGGCAGAUGAUAUUAUUCUUACAGAACAUUUCUGCAGGCGAUAGAUUGAUAGUAGUUUGGUAUGGUGUGUGCUGGCCCAUAUAGUAACUGAUGAAUGGGAAGAUCAUUGUGUAAUAGAGACUAAUCUUGCCAAGUAUCCCCGUAUUUUUGGCGAUCUUAGAGGUUAUUGUCUUUAUGUGUGGUUUCCAUGACAAUUCAUCAUCAAUCAGAACAUCAAAAAAGUGGGUUGUACAGGCAUGAUCAACAGGUAUAUUAUCAAUAUGGACCCCUAUAUAAUCUGUUUUGUAUUUUAUUUUCUUUGGACCAAAUAAUACAACAUUCGUUUAUUUUUUUUGAUUCAGUGACAAUUUGUUAAUUUUAAUCCACUUUGAGAUAUUACAUAGUUCAUCAAUAACAACAUUAAUAAGAUAAUUGAAAUCUUUGUGAGAGUAAAACACAUUUGUAUCAUCAGCAAAUAAUAUCUGGGAGAGCGCUUUGGAUGCAUUGGGCAAAUCAUUUAUAUAAAUCAGAAAUAAUAGUGGUCCAAGAAUUGAUCCCUGCGGCACACCACACUUAAUCUCCAGAGGAGGGAAUCUAUUCCUUUGAAAGUCACAUAUUGCUUUCUAUCCUUUAGAUAGCUGGAGAACCAAAGAAGUCACACCCAUAGUUUCAAGUUUCAAAUAUUAUGAUCAAUGACGGUAGGCCGUCAUUGUAAAUAAGAAUUUGUUCUAAACUGACUUGCCUAGUUAAAUAAAGGUUAAAUAAAAAUAAAUAAAUAAACUGUAUCAAAUGCUUUUGGGAGAUCCCAAAAACGACCUAUUGUAUGAUCUUUGCGAUCAUUUGCCUUAUGACAAAAUUAGUACAGAAGUAGGAACAGUAUUAGUAUAGAAGUAGUAACAUUAUUAGUAUAGAAGUAGUAACAUUAUUAGUAUAGAAGUAGUAACAGUAUUAUUAUAGAAGUAGUAACAUUAUUAGUAUAGAAGUCUUACUAGUAACUUAGUAACAUUAUUACUACCAGUAUAGCAGUAUAUCAGUAAAGUCUCAGGCCUCUUAGAGGAAACAAUCAGGCUCCAGAGAUGGGGAUAACAAAGUGUCAUAGCAAUUAUCAGAGGAGCUCUCCCCCUGGUGAGGAUGAUGAAAGGGUCCGCGUGGUGCCGUGAGAUGAUUCUUUAAACUCCCCUUAAAAAAGAAUGAUAUCAUUAAAACAUGGCGGCGUGUCUCUCGCGGGGCCACUGGAAGACGUUUAGACCCUCCGAUCCAGGCAGAUCAGCAGGUCCUGUCAGCCCAAGCUGCCGCUAUUAAAGUGAGCCCAUCAAACCAGGCCUCCGCCAGGGAAUACUCCGCCAUUUAAAACAGCCUUGAUGAAGAAUUCUUUAAGUACCUCUGGAUUCCGGCGUGUCAUCUCGUCCAGCUGUGAGAAGGAUUUGAUGAGAAGCGUUUGCCAUUUGUGUUAUUUACGGUCCAAGGCUUUUAUGGUAACUGGUUCCUAUUAUUGGUUUCUAUUAAUGUAAAACAUAAGUGAGCAGAAAUGAGGCGUGGAUCAUCUCUUUUUAUUAGCCCAGAGUCCCUCACCCCGGGCACUGAGAUGGUGCACACACACACACACACACACACACAUACACACACACACACACACACAAACACACACACACACACACACACACACACACAUAGAGACACACGCAAACACUUAUGCACACCCAGCUCCGGCUCCAUCUGGCUCUUGCUAACGGGAAUUCAUUAUAGAAGGCUGGGAUGUCUAACACUGCUCCAUGGAUGAGAUGAGCCUACAUUAUUUAUCUGUGUUUUACCCUCGCUAAGGACAGGGUUCACCCCCAUUUCCUCUCCUCCCUCCGCCUCAUCCCUCUCUAUCUCUCCCUCUUUCUCUCUCCUCCCCCUCACCCUCUUUCUAUUACCUCCUCCUCUCCCUCUACCAACCUCUCUGUCUCGCUCCCUUUUUCUCUCCUUCCCUUUAUCGUUCCCAGUCUCUCCCUUUAUCUUAUUGCCACCCUUUCCUCUUUACUUCUCUCCCUCCAUCUCCCUCUUUCCCUCCCUCCCUGUGUUUCCCAGUGUUGUUGGUCUGCGUAUUCUCUAGUAGUGUGAGUCCUGGCCUGUCCCCCGUGUGAUAACAUCAGUGGUGAUGGAUAGGUGGAGGUGGUUGUUUGGGAAGUGUUUGGGUCUGGUCAGGCCAGGGUGCUGAUCCUGUGGUGAUAGGACCAAGGACAGGGGCUCCCUGCUAGCUACUCUCCCCAACCAACCAACAGCAACAACAGCUGAAGGUCACUCCACUAAACAACAGCUACUCAACAACACAACCACAUUGAGAGAAGUUACAGGACUAAGGAAAGUUAAAGGACUACGGGAAGUUAGUGGAGACAAGAGGAAGUUACUAAACUAGACUAUGGAAAGUUACUAAAGUAGACUAAGGAAAGUUACUUAACCAAACUAAAGAAACUUAACUACAUGAAGGAAAGUUACUUAACUAGACUAAAGAAAGCUACUAAACUACACGAAGGAAAGUUACUUAACUAGACUAAGGAAAGUUACUAAACUAAAUUAAGAAAAGUUACUGUAGACUAAGGAAAGUUACUAAACUAAGGAAAGUUACUGUAGACUAAGGAAAGUUACUAAACUAAGGAAAGUUUCUGUAGACUAAGGAAAGUUACUGUAGACUAAGGAAAGUUACUAAAAUAAGGAAGGGUACUGUAGACUAAGGAAAGUUACUAAACUAAGGAAAGUUACUGUAGACUAAGGAAAGUUACUAAACUAAGGAAAGUUACUGUAGACUAAGGAAAGUUACUAAACUAAGGAAAGUUACUAAACUAAGGAAAGUUACUAAACUAAGGAAAGUUACUGUAGACUAAGGAAAGUUACUAAACUAAGGAAAGUUACUGUAGACUAAGGAAAGUUACUAAACUAAGGAAAGUUACUGUAGACUAAGGAAAGUUACUAAACUAAGGAAAGGUACUGUAGACUAAGGAAAGUUACUAAAAUAAGGAAACGUACUGUAGACUAAGGAAAGUUACUAAACAAAGGAAAGUUACUAAACUUUAGUAACUAAGGAAAGUUACUGAAAUAGGCCAAGACUAAGGAAAGUUACUAAAUUAGAUGAAGGAAUUAGACUAAAUUGGCUGUGGAUUUACUGCUAAGCCAUGACUACCUGUGGGGAGGAGAGAUAGAGAGAAGAGAGAGAGAAAAUGAUAGAAAGAGUUGGAGAGAGAGAAAGAGGAAAAGAGAGAGACAGAGAGAUGGAGAAAGAUGGAGAGAAAAGGAGAGAGAGCUGAGAGAGAGACUAGAGAGAAAGUGUCUCUGAUUAAAACAUGAUAUCUGACAGAUGAAAACCGAAAAGAUCACUGUAGGGCUUCUGACUUACAUUACAGCAUGUUUGAACAAUGGAAAAUGUUUUCAAUGUUGGGAAUGUGUGGGUCAUGCCCGCUAGUGUGUGUAUAAUGGUUUCCCCAUCUUUCUCCUGUGUGUUAGGGUCCGUUCCGUGAGCCAGCGGAGGUGUGGGCUCAGAGACAGCGUGGUCUCGAGCCUUCUCUGAGAGUCCAGACCUCCAUCACUGACCUGGAGCAGGCCCAGGACCAGCUACGCUCUGAGGAAUGGAGGAACCGCACCAUGGAGACCAUGUAAGUACAUACACACACAUGCACAAACACAGAUGCAACCUUUGUCCUUAUGGAUAGCAGUUAUAUGCUGCUUUUCACCACUUAAAAAAGGGCUUUACAGUGUGUGUGAAUAAUUGAUCCACCACCUGUGUGUGUGCGGGUGUGUGUGUGCGGGUGUGUGUAGCUCACACCUGAACCAUUUGGGCCAACUGACAGUACAACAGCAGCACUAUAGCCUCUAAAGCAUCAGAACACAUUCCUUCCACAACAGAACAUUAUCACAGUAUAACAUGGGAUUAUCUUCACCCCACUUUAGACUACAGUGGUUAUUUAACUCCACCAUCUCUGUUUAAAAAGCCUUGUGUGUAGUUUAAUUACCAGCUCACUGUAUUAUAUUCAGACUGGCCUGCUCUCGCAGUUUAAACACUACACACCAACCCCAUUACCACAGCACACACACAUGCAUGAACCUACACACACAGAAACACCACAGAUAGUUAAGCUGGGAAUCCGAUUAUUCUCGGUAUGUGUGUGCGAGCGUGCGUGUGUAUCUGUCUGUGUGUGUGCGUCUGUUCGUGGGCACAGAGCGACACCAUUAACUCCCUGUUUGAUCCACCAGCCGCCAACACACACACACACACUCAUUUCAACUAGACAUUUCAAGGGACCACACUGAACUUGCCUCCGUCCCCUCCUUGUCUCCCCGACUCUCUCUCCCUCUCCAGUUGAAUGUGUCCCUAAUGAGUUAUCAGACACUCCAGUGUAGCGUGAUGAUGAUGGUUUUUGGGGGGAUUAAACAGUUAAAGUGGAGAGGGGCUUCUUAUGGCUGAGGUGACAACUUCACAUCUGAAGAGAACACUGUUACAGUACUGUAGGUCUGUAUAGGUUGAAUAGAGUUACUGUAACACAGUGGCUGGUUGUUUCACUGGCAGGUUGAUGUUUAUUUUCAUGAGUCAUGUCCUGGAGGCAGAAUUUAGCAAUUUCCCCUUAAAUAGGCCGGCUGCUAAGUCAAAAUUGGCUAUAUUGUAAAAAUUCAUGAAAACAAAAAUGUGCUUUUUGGUCUUAAGUUAACGUUAGGGUUGGGCAUUAUUGUUAGCAGUGUGGUUAAGGUUAGGGUUAGGUUUAAAAUCAGACAUUGUGGCUGUGCCAGUUAGUGACCACUCUGCAGAGCUGCCUCCAGAACAAGAUGCAUGAUGAAAAACGCUAACCUACGUUUCACUAAUGCUAGUGGGUCAUUGUCCUCACAACAUGCUAUGAUGGGAGUAUAUACAUAUGGCCACUUAUUGAACAGGAUGUUACCAAAUGAAGAUUACUGUAUACAAGCUAUAGUACAGGACAAGUGAGCUCUGCCUAGGCCCAGAGAAGACAAAGAGACUGGGGAUGUUGGAAAGAAAGCAGUGCAGUCCUUCCAUACCCUGGCCACACACACAGCCUAAUGUAUCUGAGAGUACAGGUUUAACAGGCAGAUUAUCAGUCUCAGUUGACUGAAACAACACAGUUUGCACGCACUCACAAACACACACGCACACACACACGUCUGUCUCAGUUGACUGAAACAGCACAGCUUAUGUAGUCACACACGGACACAGGAGACUGAUCAACUUAACAACCUCCCCCUGUUCCCCUCUUCUCUCUUUCCUCUCUCACCGUAUUUCUCUAGACAUCUAACUUCUCUCUCAGUAUCGCUCUCUCGUCUCUCUGAGACGCGAGCAAAAAGCAUAGGGAGACUACAAAUAUCUCUCUCUCACUAUGCGUCGUGCUGCUACGAGGUCUAUCUCAGUCUAACAGCUCAUCUCUCUACGUCGAGCGACCGAUCUCGACGCCUUAGGUCCUAUCUCUCGGUCUCUCGUCCUCAAUCUCGUCUCUCUCUCUCUCACUCUCUCUCUCUCUCUCUCUCAUCUCUCUCUCUCUCUCUCUCUUAUCUCUCUCUCUCUCUCAUAUCCUCCCCAUCUCCUCUCCUGACGGUUUUGGUGGCAGCGUCUGUGUGUGUGUGUGUGUGCACGUAUGCCCAUGUGUGUGUGAAUGCGUGCCUGUGUGUGUGUAAAUGUGUAUGUGUGUGUUGUCACCGGGCCCGGCCGCUCGGCCUCAGCCCAAAGAUCCCCGGUGAGGAGUCAAACUUUCCUUAAUAGCCCUGAAUGAAUAAAAACUAGCCUAUUAAAAGGCAAUCGAGAGGCAAUGAGAGCCGUGAGUGGAACCAGCCGGCAAGGCGAGGCGUGCCCAGGCCCAGUGCAACCUGGGACAUUGGGGCCACAUUAAUAUCAUGCCGCUGAUGUCCCUCCCAUGUGCACAUUAGCUAGGACUGCUGGGUAAUCUGUCUUGUAGGGUCUCUGGUGGCCACAGUGUCUGUGCCGCCUCGGCUGUGUUUGUGUUUGUGUGUAGACGGGGGGGUUGCGGGUGUGUGUGCUCGCGCGUGGGAGCCAUGCAGGACCAUCGCUUAAACGGACCAAUUCCAGGCUUGUCAUGCCACCUUGUGUGGUGUAGUCGUCCCUCUCUCUUCCUUGUUUCUCUAUAAAUAUGUAUAGUAGGAAAUUAGUUUACUAGCUCUUGAAUAUGUCACACUAAUGAUAGAUGCUGAUUAUUUAUUUGCUACAUGCAUUAUAGUAUUGGCAAACACAACACCACACAAUAUCCACACAGACUGAGAUGUUAAUAUAAGUGGAAGUACUAUACAUACGCCAACUCAAAAAAACUAAAUCUGGAAAGCGUAUCUAUUGAUCAGUGUAUUAAUACAAACCCAGCUAGCACAUUUGGUUCCUUGACAGUUGUGGGAACGUAAGAAUUUGGUUUCCCAUUGGUUCUGGGAACGAAACCAUACGUUUCCUAACCGGUAAAACGGAACGUUUUUAAACGUUCUGAGAACGGAAGUGAUCAUUUUGCCUGUUCUGGGGACGUACAUUUUUAGGUUGCAAGGAGCUUCUGAGAACAUUCUACUACGAUUCCCUGAACAUUUUUGUGGGAGGUUUUAUUAACGUUCUGAGAACUGAAAUUAUAGGUUUAUUUGAACAUGUACACUGCGCCACCAGAAUGGCAGGCAGGUCACCCGUAAUACAAGUCAGUAUUUGGCAUCCAUCCAUGUCUGAUGACGUGGAAACCGGCCACUAGGGGCAACAGUGAGUGCUGUUACCUUCAAGUAGGUUUCGGUUUUGCUAGGGCGUUUUGGACGGGGAUGGAGGAUGGGCGUAAGCAUCUGCCUCUGAUUCCAAAGGUCGCAUGUUCAAAUCCAGCUAUAGAACGUUUUAAAAUAUAUAUAUUUUUAAGCGUAUCCCAAACCUUAACCCUUACCUUAACCAUUCGGAGUUAAUGCCUAACCUUAAAAAAAUCGGAGUUAAUGCCUAAACUUAACCUUAAACACUUUGAUGUUUGGAACAACUUCGAAAUUUGACGUUUGAGACACAGGGAUGAACAUCUAAUUCUGACGUGAGACCGAGAUUUUGUAAAGGAUGGAGCUAGCAUGCCAUUUUCUUUUCUUUUACUCAUACAAAGCUGUUCAUUUUAGUCGAUUCAAACAGACCCCAUUGCAAAGGAAACAAGCACUCAGGCCAACACACCUGAACAAACUUAACAAGAUAGAGGCUAUAGAGAGUUUAGUUGGCGCUGAGAACAGAAUGUGUAUGUUUCUAAAUAAUAUUAUUUGAACGUUCUUUGAACAUUACUAAUAUUUUCUUGUGGUUUUUAUGGAAAGUUUUCUUAAUGUUCUGAGAACAUGACUUUAAAUAGAACCAUGAGGAAACCUGCAGAAAACGUUAUGUUGAAGUACUGAAAUUCCCACAGAAGAACAUUGUUUCUUAAAGUUCUGUGAACGUUCUGAGAACAUUACUUUAAAUAGAACCAUGAGGAAACCUGUAGGAAACGAUAUGCUGAAGUCCUGAAAUUCCCACCUAAAAAACAAAUGAUUCUCAGAACGUUAUGUGCUAGCUGGGUAGUGCCUAGGUAGCUUUUUUUGUUUGUUUUUUAUUUGUUUAGUGAUGUACUCAAGUUGACCCCCCCCCCCCCACCACCACCACCACACACACACAUACACACACAGUGCACAGGAUAAAUCUUCCCCCAAGCAACGUGUCUGGGGUGUAAUUUACUAAAUCAACCUUACGGUAAUUAACAGCUGGCAUUCCUCCUCAGCAAUAGCGAUUUACCCUGAACACCAGCAAACAACAACAACAAACCACACACACACCUACCCCAAAAACAACCACACACACACCUCCUAACUGUUAUAUGUCAUCAACUCUGCAGACAAAAAGUCCCAUUUGGCUGCAACAACACACGCUAGAGAGGCUCUUUGAGUGUGUGGGGGAGUGUAGAUGGAAAUCAGACGUGUGUGUGUUGAAAGGGAGUAGUGAUGGUGUGAUACACACUACCCUCUGUAGCGCCUUACGGUCAGAUGCCGAGCAGUUGCCAUACCAGCAGUGAUGCAACCGGUCAGGAUGCUCUCGAUGGUGCAGCUGCAUAACUUUUUGAGGAUCUGGGGACCCAUGCCAAAUCUUUUCAGUCUCCUGAGGGGGAAAAUGUGUUGUCGUGCCCUCUUCACGACUGUCUUGGUGUGUUUGGACCAUGAUAGUUUGUUGGUGAGGUGGACACCAAGGAACUUGAAACUCUCGACCCGCUCCACUACAGCCCUGUCGAUGUUAAUGGGGGCCUGUUCGGCAUGCCGUUUCCUGUAAUCCAUGAUCAGAUCCUUUGUCUUGCAUUGAGGGAGAGGUUGUUGUCCUGGCACCACAUUGACCUCCUCCCUAUAGGCUGUCUCAUCGUUGUCGCUGAUCAGGCCUACCACUGUUGUGUCGUCAGCAAACUUAAUGAUGGUGUUGGAGUCGUGUUUGGCCACACAGUCGUGGGUGAACAGGGAGUACAGGAGGGGACUAAGCAUGCACCCCUGAGGGGCCCCAGUGUUGAGGAUCAGUGUGGCAGAUGUGUUGUUGCCUACUCUUACCACCUGGGGGUGGCCUGUAAGGAAGUCCAGGAUCCAGUUGCAGAGGGAGGUGUUUAGUCCCAGGGUCCUUAGCUUAGUGAUGAGCUUUGUGUGCACUAUGGUGUUGAAUGCUGAGCUGUAGUCAAUGAACAGCAUUCUCACAUAGGUGUUCCUUUUGUCCAGGUGGGAAAGGGCAGUAUGGAGUGCGAUUGAGAUUGCGUCAUCUAUGGAUCUGUUGGGGCGAUAUUGGAGUGGCUACCGACGUGAGUGUUACGGGGCGGUAAUCAUUUAGGCAGGUUAUCUUCGCUUCCUUGGGCACAGGGACUAUGGUGGUCUGCUUGAAACAUGUAGAUAUUACAGACUCGUCAGGGAGAAAAUGUCAGUGAAGACACUUGCCAGUUGGUCCGUGCAUGCUUUGAGUACACAUCCUGGUAAUCCGUCUGGCCCGCGGCUUUGUGAAUGUUGACCUGUUUAAAGGUCUUACUCACAUCGGCUACCGAGAGCAUUAUCACACAGUCAUCCGGAACAGCUGGUGCUCUCAUGCAGGCUUCAGUGUUGCUUUCCUCAAAGUGAGCAUAAAAUGCAUUUUGCUCCUCUGGUAGGCUUGCGUCACUGGGCAGCUCGCGGCCGGGUUUCCCUUUGUAGUCCGUAAUAGUUUUCGAGCCCUGCCACAUCCGACGAGCGUCAGAGCCGGUGAAGUAGGAUUCAAACUUAAUCCUGUAUUAACGCUUUGCCUGUUUGAUGGUUUGUCUGAGGGCGUAGCGGGAUUUCUUACAAGUGUCUGGAUUAGUGUCCCGCUCCUUGAAAGCGGCAGCUCUAGCCUUCAGCUCAGUGCGGAUGUUGCCUGUAAUCCAUGGCUUCUGGUUGGGAUAUGUACGUACAGUCACUGUGGGGACGACGUCAUCAAUGCACUUAUUUAUGAAGCCGAUGACUGAGGUGAUAUACUCUUCAAUGCCAUCGGAUGAAUCCCGGAACAUAUUCCAGUCUGUGCUAGCAAAACAGUCCUGUAGCGUAGCAUCCGCGUCUUCUGACCACUUCCGUAUUGAGCGAGUCACUGGUACUUCCUGCAUUAGACAGGACCAACAAGCAUUCAUGUAAUAUCAGACUGGGAUUGAGAUGAAGAGAGGACCCUGCCACCAUGGAGGGAGGGAUGGAGGGAAGAGGGAUGAAAGGAUAGAGGGAUCGAAGAGGAGGCCCAUACUGAAUGUUGUAUCUAGGAAUUAUCUUAAAGAUAGGACUUUACAGAGAUUGGACUGUAUAUUGUUUUGAAGAUACACUGGAUUAUAGAUAGUAGCUAAUCAAAUAGAUAGCUCAUGACUUCAUUGUCGAUGUUGUUGACUUGAGACUUCAUCAGUCAUCUCCUCUCCUUCUCUCCAGGUUCCAGCCGUUCUCUAAGGCCCAUCAGAACAGGAGUUAUGAGGGGAUGCUCCACACCUCCUCUUCCUUCCAGCCUGUCCCCUACGGGACCAAAUACUUCAGAGAGGAACACCAGGAGAACCUGCAGGGGAAACAGGUAUCAAUGUUGUUUUCUUUGUGUGUGUGUUUACCCCCUAGGAAUUCCUGUUCUUCUCACAUCAUUCUCUAUUCAUUGUGCAUUAUUGAAAUCAACCUUUUUUUUUUGGCAACCCGCUGUCUUUUUGACUAUAUUGUUAUUUGAGAUAUGAGUCCAUGCAAUAUUUGAAGACACACACAGCCUCAGUUUAAGAAACAACACUCGCUUUUACCAUGUAGCACAGUCUAACAAAGCCUCCCAACUUCAGCUAUACACAUUUGUCAAACUUGACAGCAAUUUAAUAAAUCCAUGCACUCUCUCACGCGCAAAUGCACACACACACACCCACACCCACACCCACACAUACACAAUCACCCCCCACACAUACACCCUGGCCACUCUCAAAUCAACCCCCCCUUCCACACACACACACACCUGCGGGGAUGCAUACGUAAAUGAGUGGGCUGUGGCAGCAGCAGUGUGGUUGGGCCCCCCGGCCCCCCUAUCCCAGGCAUUAGGUAAUUGAGUGUGUCUUUGCUCAAGGCCUUUCAUGGAUCAGGGUUUUUUAUUAGCUCUGUUCCCAGCAGCCACGGCCCCGCAGCGCACACACACACACACACACACACACACACACACACACACACACACCAAUUGCCUGAAAACGAGGGAAAUGAGAGAACACUUUCCCCAGAAUGAGAUAAACAAGGCGGCACGCCACGGGGUUCUCCCGCCACUGACGGCAGGGGCAGGGUAUGUCGUGUGUCUCUGCGACACUGGACACAAUGCUAGGGGGAUGUGUGUGUUGAGCUGUACAUAUGUGUUGAGAUGUGUCAAGCAGGGUUUCUGUUAUGAAAAUGUGGCGCCGGACAUUUGACCGUCAGCAUUUUAAUUUACCAAACAUUUGAGAAAUGUAUCGGACCCAUAUGCAUUGGGUGCGUAACCUGAUUAGGUUAUCCACCCACGGUGCUCAGAAUGACACAAAUCACACUUAGAUUAUGGUCAUUCAUUUUAACAGAACAUGCAAGUCAAGGAUGCAACGAAGUGCGUCCUUCUUACCGAAUUCCGAUGCGCACUUUAAAGAUGUUAGAUUAACUUUCCACAUUUCAUUUUCCUCAGCCAAUAAGAUGAGUAACGAACAGCAAAAUCACUAGCCUAUGUCAGUCUACUAUCCCCCAUAGUAGAAAAGUUUACCUAUUCUAUUGGUCAGCUUGUCGAGAAAGAAAUAGCCUAUUCCAAACAGACUCUCGGACAGUUGUGGGACAAUAGAUCCCAAAUUCAUACAACCAGUAGGCCUAGGCUACUGUAUAUAAAAAAGUUAAAAAGCAAUUAAUCUGAUGCAACAGAUCAGAACAUUUAGCUUAAAAUGUUGCUAAACUAUUAUUUCUUCACAUUGUAAGUGCAGCAAUGCGCACCAUACCGUAGGCUAUGCCCGAAUGUUCGUUUCAUAUUACAAUUAGCAGGAAAACACCAUUGUCAGAAUGAGACAUUUAGAAAGAGGGGAAAUCUAAAGGUGCAACAACUAUGGGUUGCUAAUAUGACUAGGAUUGUGCCUUUGGCUACUGGACACUGAAAGAAAGUUGAAAACCAAUAGAACAUGAGAGAAAUAGGCUACUGGUUUCAAUGGCAUAUGGAAGUCGUUAUAAAAUAAUUGCCUCCACGGAUAUGGUCGGACUUUGCCUAGGCUACUUUUAAGCAACGUAAAACAUGCCUCAUAAUAUGUAGUAAAAUGUUCAGGUUUCAAACAAUGAAUAUAUGUUUUCAAAAUGCAUACUGCCUCCAGCUCAUUGCAAAGUGGUGUGUGACGCGCUGAUGAAGCCUGCCGUCCUGCAUUUGAAUGGCGAAUGGGAAGCGCGCUUCAAUUAGGCUACCAGUUGAGAAAUAGGCUUAAAACCCCAGAGAGCUGGAACAUAGAAAGAAACCUAGAGAGGAACCAGGCUCUGAGGGGUGGCCAGUCCUCUUCUGGCUGUGCUGGGUGGAGAUUAUAAGAGUACAUCGUUCUUCAAGAUGUUCAAACGUUCAUAGAUGACCAGCAGGGUGAAAUAAUAAUCACAGUGGUUAUAGACGGUACAGCAAGUCAGCACCUCAGGAGUAAAUUGGCUCAGUUGGCUUUUCAUAACCAAGCAUUCAGAGGUUGAGAGAGAGAGAGAGAAUGAAAGAAAGAAAGAAAGAAAGAAAGAAAGAAAGAAAGAAAGAAAGAAAGAAAGAAAGAAAGAAAGAAAGAAAGAAAGAAAGAAAGAAAGAAAGAAAGAAAGAAAAAAAAAAAGAAAGAAAGAAAGAGGAAGAGGGUCUAAACAGCAGGUCCGGGACAAGGUAGCACGACCGAUGAACAGGUCAGGGUUCCAUAGCCGUAGGCAGAACAGCAGAAACUGGAUCAGCAGCACGACCAGAUGGACUGGGGACGGGGACAUUCAGGAGUCGUCAGGCCAGGUAGUCCUGAGGCAUGGUCCUAGGGCUCAGGUCCUUCGGGAGGGGGGAGAGAGAGAGAGAUGGGAGAAUUAGAGGGAGCAUACCUAAGAUCACACAGAAUACCAGAUAAGACAGGAGAAUUACACCAGAUAUGACAGACUGACCCUAACCCCCUUGCACAUAGACUAUUGCAGCAUAGAUACUGGAUACUGAGACAGGGGGGUCAGGGGACACUGUGGCCCCGUCCAAAGUUAUCCUGGACAGGGCCAACCAGGCAGGAUAUAACCCCAACCACUUUGCCAAUGCACAGCCCCCACAUCACCAAAGGGAUAUCAACAGAGUAUAGCCCACGAAGAGGCAGAGUAUAGCCCACAAAUAUAUAUACAGUGGGGGAAAAAAGUAUUUAGUCAGCCACCAAUUGUGCAAGUUCUCCCACUUAAAAAGAUGAGAGAGGCCUGUCAUUUUCAUCAUAGGUACACGCCAACUAUGACAGACAAAAUGAGAAAAAAAAAUCCAGAAAAUCACAUUGUAGGAUUUUUUAUGAAUUUAUUUGCAAAUUAUGGUGGGCACGUCGUGAUGCACCCCUCCUAGGGACGGCAUGGUAGAGCACGAGCAAGCCAGUGACUCAGCCCCCGUAAUAGGGUCAGAGGCAAAGAAUCCCAGAGGGGAGCCGGCCAGGCAGAGACAGCAAGGGUGGUUCGUCACUCCAGUGCCUUGCCGUUCACUUUCACACCCCUCAAUCAUAAGAACUACUCAAGAGAUCAGUCUUCAGUAAAGACUUAAAGGUUGAGACUGAGUCUGCAUCUCUCACAUAGAUCAGUAGACCAUUCCAUAAAAUGUAUCUCUAUAGGAGAAAGCCCUGCCUCCAGCUGUUUUCUUAGAAAGUCUAGGAACAAUAAGAAGGCCUGCAUCUUGUGACUGUCGCGUACACGUACUGUAGGUAUGUACGGCAGGACCAAAUCGGCGAGAUAGGUAGGAGCAAGUCCAUGUAAUGCUUUGUAGGUUAGCAGUAAAACUUUGAAAAAUAGUGUUCUAGUCAAGAUUCUAGCAGCCGUAUUUAGCCCUAGCUGAACUUUAUUUAGUGCCUUAUCCAGGUAGCCGGAGAGUAGGGCAUUGCAGUAGUGUAAUCUUGAAGUGACAAAAGCAUGGAUUAGCUUUUGACAAACUGUUUCUGAUUUUUGCAAUGUUACGAAGGUGGCAAAAGGCUGCUCUUGAAAUAUUUGUGAUAUGUUCAUCAAAAAUAGAUCAGGAUCCAGAGUAACAAAAAUUGUAUAUAUUAUAACAUCGUCUUUGUAUCUCAAAAUCGUUGUAAUGUGGUUAACUGUAAAAAUCUAAAGGAAAAUUAUUAAAGAGAGCGGCCUUAGAUCAUGGGAAAAGGCCACACUUGACCGUUGCACUUGAAUCAUUCCCACUGUGAAUGGCUAGGCCCACUACGCUAUGAACCCACACACUAUCGCAGAGACUUUGAUAUUACCGGCCGCAAUUGAUAUGGUGAAAACAAUGUGUGGGGAGGCAGAAACUCACAUCAAUAACUCUGCAAGGCAAUCAAACAGGCAACACAUCAGUGUAGGGACAAAGUGGAGUCGCAAUUCAACGGCUCAGACACGAGACGUAUGUGGCAGGGUCUACAGACAAUCACGGACAACAAAAGGAAAACCAGCCACGUCGCGGACACCGACGUCUUGCUUCCGGACAAGCUAAACACCUUCUUCGCCCGCUUUGAGGGUAAUACAGUGCCACAGACGUGGCCCGCUACCAAGGACUGUGGGCUCUCCUUCUCUGUGGCCAACGUGAGUAAGACAUUUAAGCAUGUUAACCCUCGCAAGGCUGCCAGCCCAGACAGCAUCCCUAGCCGCGUCCUCAGAGCAUGCGCAGACCAGCUGGCUGGUGUGUUUACGGACAUAUUCAAUCUUUCCCUAUCCCAGUGUGCUGUCCCCACAUGCUUCAAGAUGACCACCAUUGUCCCUGUACCCAAGAAAGCAAAGGUAACUGAAAUAAAUGACUAUCGCCCCAUAGCACUCACUUCUGUCAUAAUUAAGUGCUUUGAGAGACUAGUCAAGGAUCAUAUAACCUCUACCUUACCUGCCACCCUAGACUCACUUCAAUUUGCUUACCACCCAAUAGAUCCACAGACGAUGCAAUCACCAUCACACUGCACACUGCCCUAUCCCAUCUGGAAGAGGAAUACCUACAGUGGGGAAAAACAAGUAUUUAGUCAGCCACCAAUUGUGCAAGUUCCCCCACUUAAAAAGAUGAGAGAGGCCUGUAAUUUUCAUCAUAGGUACACGUCAACUAUGACAGACAAAAUUCGAUUAUUUUUCUCCAGAAAAUCACAUUGUAGGAUUAUUAAUGAAUUUAUUUGCAAAUUAUGGUGGAAAAUAAGUAUUUGGUCAAUAACAAAAGUUUCUCAAUACUUUGUUAUAUACACUUUGUUGGCAAUGACACAUGUCAAACGUUUUCUGUAAGUCUUCACAAGGUUUUCACACACUGUUGCUGGUAUUUUGGCCCAUUCCUCCAUGCAGAUCUCCUCUAGAGCAGUGAUGUUUUGGGGCUGUCGCUGGGCAACACGGACUUUCAACUCCCUCCAAAGAUUUUCUAUGGGGUUGAGAUCUGGAGACUGGCUAGGCCACUCCAGGACCUUGAAAUGCUUCUUACGAAGCCACUCCUUCGUUGCCCGGGAGGUGUGUUUGGGAUCAUUGUCAUGCUGAAAGACCCAGCCACGUUUCAUCUUCAAUGCCCUUGCUGAUGGAAGGAGGUUUUCACUCAAAAUCUCACGAUACAUGGCCCCAUUCAUUCUUUCCUUUACACGGAUCAGUCGUCCUGGUCCCUUUGCAGAAAAACAGCCCCAAAGCAUGAUGUUUCCACCCCCAUGCUUCACAGUAGGUAUGGUGUUCUUUGGAUGCAACUCAGCAUUCUUUGUCCUCCAAACACGACGAGUUGAGUUUUUACCAAAAAGUUCUAUUUUGGUUUCAUCUGACCAUAUGACAUUCUCCCAAUCCUCUUCUGGAUCAUCCAAAUGCACUCUAGCAAACUUCAGACGGGCCUGGACAUGUACUGGCUUAAGCAGGGGGACACGUCUGGCACUGCAGGAUUUGAGGUCCUGGCGGCGUAGUGUGUUACUGAUGGUAGGCUUUGUUACUUUGGUCCCAGCUCUCUGCAGGUCAUUCACUAGGUCCCCCCGUGUGGUUCUGGGAUUUUUGCUCACCGUUCUUGUGAUCAUUUUGACCCCACGGGGAGAGAUCUUGCAUGGAGCCCCAGAUCGAGGGAGAUUAUCAGUGGUCUUCCAUUUCCUAAUAAUUGCUCCCACAGUUGAUUUCUUCAAACCAAGCUGCUUACCUAUUGCAGAUUCAGUCUUCCCAGCCUGGUGCAGGUCUACAAUUUUGUUUCUGGUGUCCUUUGACAGCUCUUUGGUCUUGGCCAUAGUGGAGUUUGGAGUGUGACUGUUUGAGGUUGUGGAGAGGUGUCUUUUAUACUGAUAACAAGUUCAAACAGGUGCCAUUAAUACAGGUAACGAGUGGAGGACAGAGGAGCCUCUUAAAGAAGAAGUUACAGGUCUGUGAGAGCCAGAAAUCUUGCUUGUUUGUAGGUGACCAAAUACUUAUUUUCCACCAUAAUUUCCAAAUAAAUUCAUUAAAAAUCCUACAAUGUGAUUUUCUGGAUUUUUUCUCCUCAAUUUGUCUGUCAUAGUUGACGUGUACCUAUGAUGAAAAUUACAGGCCUCUCUCAUCUUUUUAAGUGGGAGAACUUGCACAAUUGGUGGCUGACUAAAUACUUUUUUCCCCCACUGUAUGUAAGAAUGUUGUUCAUUGACUAUAGCUCAGCAUUCAACACCAUAGAACCCUCCAAGCUCAUCAUUAAGCUCGAGGCCCUGGGUCUGAACCCCGCCCUGUGCAACUGGGUCCUGGACUUCAUGACGGGCCGCCCUCAGGUGGUGAAGGUAGGAAACAACAUCUCCACUUCGCUGAUCCUCAACACUGGGGCCCCACAAGGGUGCGUGCUCAGCCCCCUCCUGUACUCCCUGUUCACCCAUGACUUCAUGGCAAAGCAUGCCUCCAACUCAAUCAUCACGUUUGCAGACGACACAAUAGUAGUAGGCUUGAUUACCAACAAUGACGAGACCGCCUACAGGGAGGAGGUGAGGGCUCUGGGAGUGUGGUGCCAGGAAAAUAACCUCUCACUCUAUGUCAACAAAACAAAGGAGAUGAUAGUGGACUUCAGGAAACAGCAGAGAGAGCACCCCCCUAUCCACAUCGAUGGGGCCGCAGUGGAGAAGGCUUCAAGGUCAUCGGCAUACACAUCACUGACAAACUGAAAUGGUCCACCCACACAGACAGUGUGGUGAAGAAGGUGCAACAGCGCCUCUUCAACCUCAGGAGGCUGAAAAAAUUUGGCUUGGCACCUAAAACCCUCACAAACUUUUACAGAUGCACAAUUGAGAGCAUCCUGUCAGGGUGUAUCACCGCUUGGUAUGGCAACUGCACCGCCCGCAACCGCAGGGCUCUCCAGAGGGUGAUGCAUCACCGGGGGCAAACUACCAGCCCUCCAGGACACCUACAGCACCCGAUGUCACAGGAAGGCCAAAAAUAUCAUCAAGGACAACAACCACCUGAGCCACUGCCUGUUCAUCCCGCUAUCAUCUAGAAGGCGAGGUCAGUACAGGUGCAUCAAAGCUGGGACCCCGAGAGACUGAAAAACAGCUUCUAUCUCAAGGCCAUCAGACUGUUAAAUAGCCAUCACUAGCACAUUAGAGGCUGCUGCCUAUAGACAUAGACUAGAAAUCACUGGCCACUUUAAUAAAUGGAACACUAGUCACUUUAAUCAUGUUUACAAAUCUUGUAUUACUCAUCUGAUAUGUAUAUAUUGUAUUCUAUACUAUUCUACUGUAUCUUAGUCUAUCUCUGACAUUGCUCGUUCAUAUAUUUAUUUAUAUAUUCUUCAUUCCAUUGCUGUACUUAGAUUUGUGUUUAUUGGGUAUAUGUUGUGAAAUUGUUAGAUAUUACUUGUUAGAUAUACUGCACUGUCGGAGCUAGAAACACAAGCAUUUCGCUACACCCACAAUAACAUCUGCUAAACACGUGUAUGUAAAAUUUGAUUUGAUUAGAUUUUUCAGAUAACACUGUUAAACAAAGAAUGUAUGUUAUUGUUAGCAAUCAAGAGGAACCUCUGACUGAACGACUCAGAAACGCUGCAGCUUAUGCUCUCCAAAUGGACAUUAGCUUUGAGGGCCAAGAUGUCCAUGCAUUGACCUUUGUUCGCUAUACAUGUUGGGGGAUGCUAUUCAUAAGGACAUAUUGUUCUGUCUCACGAUUCCCGAGCAUGAAAUGGCAUAGGGGAUGUUCAGUGUGCUGCAUGGCUAUAUUGACAAAAAACAGGAUCCAUGAGAUCGAAUGGUGGGCUUUUACACAGAUGGGGCUUCAUCUAUGGCGGAAUGGCGGGCAGGCCUCUGCACUCUAGUUAUGAAUGUGUGAGAGCAACUGGCGGCAAAAGAGCUGAUCACAGAACUCAGCAAUAUACUGCAGCAGGUAACUUCAAUUGUAAACUACAUCAAACCACAUCUACUGCGUGCAUGCCUGUUCGCAAAACUAUGUGGAGAUAUGGGAUCAGAGCAUGACAAUGUUCUAUUUCACACCGAGGCUUGGUGGUUAUCGUGGGGAAGUGUUGGAAAGAUUUUCCGCAUUAAGAGAGGACAUGUUGUCAUUCACAAUGGAUGUGACUUUCUGUGUAAUGAAAAGAAAAUGUCUGCUUGCCUAUGUAACAGACAUAUUUGGGGAACUGAAUGAACUGAACGCAAGCAUGCAGGGUAAAUAUAAAAACAUUCUACAGAUGAGUGACCGAAUCAGUGGAUUCAGAGGAAAUAAUUCUUAUUGGAGAGAGUCUUUCAAAAGCGAACCAUGCCCCCUUCCCUCAGCUGUGCAUGUUUCUAACAGAAAACAGCAUCAGUAAGUGUCCCACACGAGUGAUGACUGCUCACCUCCAGCGCUUGGAAGAGCACUUUGGGGCCUACUUCCCAAUCCGCUUGACUGUGAUCCUGGCUCAGUUGACACGCUAGUAAGUAAAUCGAACAGCUGAUCGAGCUGUCGUGACCGAAUGGUGCAGACAACGCAUUCACGGGUCACUACGGAGGAGUUUUGGUUCCUGACUCAAAGGGAAUAAAUACCCUGCUGUCUCCCUCUGAGCCUUAAUGCCGCUUUCAAAACAACUAGGAACUGGGAACUCUGAAAUGUCCGACUUCUGACUUCAGUGCGUUCAAGACAACUGGGAACUCGGAACAAAACAAGCUCUGACUGGGAUUUUUUUUUUGAGCAGUCAUCCAACUCUGAAUUCCAACUCGGGAACUCGGGCCUCUUUCUACAGCUCCGACUUAUGACCUGAAGAUCACAGACGUCAUGAUUUGACCUUGGAUUUUUCAGAGUUCCCAGUUGUCUUGAAAGCACCAUAAAACUCAUGGUACCCUUUGCCAACUCAUAUCCGUGUGAAGCUGAAUUCAGUGCUCUCGUCUGCAUUAAAACCAAAUAUCGAUCUAGGUUGGAUGUGACAGCAGUGAUGAGGUGCGCGCUGUCGACCACGCCCCCUGACUUUGAGAAUCUCCGACGCGACCUGCAUCAAGCACACCCAUCUCAUUAGUGGUGAUGAGAUAAGAUACAUUAUGUCAGACUAAUUUGCAAUUGACUGUCAUAGCCCCACAUUAAAAGUAUGUGAUGGUGAGUUGGGAAGACAAUCAGAAAUACUGUUCAAAUGUUUUUCAAUUGACUGCAAUAGCCCCAAAUAGAAAAGUAAACAUUGGCUGUUAAUUACAUAAUUAUUUUCACAUGGUUGGGGUCGCCAGAAUAUUCAGAUAUCAAAAUGGGGUCGUGGGCCAAAAAGUUUGGUAACAAACACCUGGUGUAGGUUAAAAGGCAUUUUGUGAAUAUGUGUUGAGGUGGGUGUUUUCUAUGGCUCAGGGGAAUGGUUUAUUCCUCUACCUCUCACUCUCUCUAUCUCUCUCUCUCUCACUCUGUCUGUUUUAGAGGUGACUGGGGGAGUGUGUGUUUGUUGUUUCUGUUUGUUGUUGUUGUUGUUGUUGUGAGCCCACAGGCAGGCCUGAUCAGUUAGCCUGCUGGAGAGCUAGCACCCCACCGCUGAUUAACACACACUAACACACAGCAUAGAGGAGACGCAGCGCUUUGACUGGAUUAGGGAGCACUCACACAUGCACGCACACACUAACACGCACGCACACACACAUUUUCUGUAUUCAGACUUUUUUAAGGUUUAAGUGAGCACAACCACAGACCACUGUUCCAACAGACUGCAUUUGUUGUGAAUGUUACCACAUAGCUGGCUACUUAGAGGUCCAGCUUAUAAUAUUCUACUCAUCCUUUCUCUCACUUCAGUUGUGUUGCAAUGAAAUCCUGUUUCCCCAAAACACAGGUAUAAUCAUGGUAAGUACUCUGUAGCAAUGUGAAUGUACGUACAGUGUAUAACUCAACUGAACAUACAGUAUGAAGCUACCAUAAACACAUGGUUUGUACUUGACCGCUUGGUCUGGCUAUUUGAGGCCUACUCAGGUCAGAUUGUCUCUGAUACUUUGUGAGGAAAACUCAACAGUCCUAUUUCACCCAGAGACAGAGGAAGUAAAGAUACCAAGCCAUCAGAAACCACCAAGCCAUUACCUCACUCCAGUCUGUCUCUACUUCUACCUCUUAUAGAAAAGGGCUUUUUUGACUCCUUAAUUUCUCAGCAGGGAAGCUUUUUCCCAUGAUGAUGAUCCCAAGCUGGGAAACAUAAAUUGAUUCUAAAGAGGAAAUUAGAUGGUGCUUAUUACACUGUCUAACUAGUAAUCCUCUGUCAUUCGUCUGGCGUGUGAUGAAUGUCCUGUUUUUUUGCCUACCUCUCCUGCUUACCAAUGAGGUGGCGUCAGAGAGAGCCUGCGCACACACACACACAUACUGAAACACACACACUGUGAUACUUUCAUACACAUAGUCAAACACACACUCGCACGCACACACACACACACACCUACCUGGCUGUCUAAUGAAUCUCUAUUGGCCUGCGCUCCUCUCCCAUUGACUAAGGAGAAGAUAAUGGUAGAUAUGGUGAUUUUCAAGUGCAUUUCUGAUUAAAUUAUAGCAAUUUUUCUAUUCUCUCUCGCUCUCUUUAUUCAUACUACCUCUUCCCUCCUCUGUGUGAUGUGUGUGUGCUUGCGUGUGCGUGUGUGCAUGCGUGCGCACGUCUCUCUUUGUGUGUUUGUGUGUAUUUGUGAAUGUGUGUGACACACACACACUAACCUCGAUCAGUGUUAUUUCCCCAGAUUAGCAUGCGUUAACCCAGGGCUGAGGAAAUGACCCUAUUGGAUUGAAGCUCUUUUGUUGGGCUUUCUUUUUGAAAAGAGGUGUAGUUUGCCUAGGCUGAUUGAAGCCGAUUUUCCUUGGAAGUCGUUUGUCAUGAUAAUAUGUCAUGGAUAAGCCAUGACAACAAAUACAUUUAAACUCAUUCAACAGUCUUGUAUAAAAGCUAUGUUUAUUUUAGGGGAGCUAUCCACAUAGCCUUCCAUGUUCUGCCAUAUUCAUUUGUUUCUGGUAUCAGAAGAAAAAGAAGAGUACUUUAUUGAUCCAUUUUCCUUACAGUCCAUGAAAUCUUCUUUUUUCCAACCCCUCCUAGUCCGGGUCAGAUAGCUUGUGUGUGUGUCAUUUCUCCCGUAUCUUCUCCAGUACAGAUGUAGGAUCUUAAUUUGAUCACCCUGUUGCAGGAUAACUUUCCUGCAAUCUUCUUAGUCAUUUAGCAGACACUCUUAUGACUGCAACACAGGAAAUGUAAAACUUGUAGUGUUUUUGAGGUUUAAAAAGGCUUCUGAAGUUUGACAUUUCAGACUUGAUUUUCCCUUAAAAAGAAUGUAUCAACCCCUACAAAAAUGUCCAUUAAUUAUUAUCCACAUAAUAAUUCACAUUUCCUGUUGCUGCAGGAUUAUGUUCCUGCUAUAGCAAAUUGGCUCAAAUUAAGAUCCUGCAUCUGUAUAUGGCAACAAUUACCUCACGCCGUAAUUAAAACGGCAACAUACUCCAUAAUCUACAGACGGCACCACCACACUCCAUAAUUAAAAGGGCAAGACACUCCAUGUCUCUGUUGCCUGCAGUGAAGGUUGCGUUGCAGUGUGUGUGUGUGUGUGUGUGUGUGUCAGUGCCAUCUCUACCCCCUCUCAUGUGGCUGUCUCACUGUUGAUUGGUGCUCUGUAGUGACAGCACUCAGCUCACCUAAUGACCUCUCAUCCCCCUGGUGAUGCUAG